UUGCGCGGUGCUGCGCAGCAUCAUCUCCGCGCGCCGUCGCGGACGUGACGUCAUCAAAGUUGGCGGUAUUUUGAACAGGAGGCACCUUGUUGUUGUCUUCCGCUCGCAGGCGAACAUCUUACAGGCGAUGGCUGAGCUGAGGGCAGCUGACCAUGCAGCAGCAGCAGCAGAGCUGUCAGAGGCUGCUCAGGCUGAGCUGCUGGAGCUGUGUGAGGAGCAGUUCUCUCAGCUGGAGAAGCUUCAGAAUGAGAUCAUACUGUCUGAACCAGAUUACUGCGAGAACCUACAGGAGCAGUCAGUGAAUCGACUGAUUGCAACAGAAGCUGAACUGAAGCAGUGGCUGGCAGUGGAGCCCAAACUGCUGGCAGCGAAUUCAGAGGUUUUACUUGAAGCGGGAAAAGAGGAGAUGCUCAAGCUGAGUUCUGAACUUGAGAUGGUUGCAUCCUGCCACGAAGCAAAGACAGAAAAACUGAGAGAAACCAAAGAACUUGAACUGAAGUGGUUGGAGGAGAAGAAACAGGUGCUUUUAGCGGCCAGUGAUCGCGCUGAACGACUUCAACUGGACAAGGAGAAAAUAUCAGAGCAGAGUGUACUGCAGGACACCAAGGCCAAAAUCCAGAAAAUGAAGGUGUACCAGGAGAGGUUGAUGGAGUGUCUGGGGGACGUCCUGGAGAAGCAUGUUCCUCUCCCUCAGAUUGAAUCCAAUACAAACAAGAAGAAGAAGAACAUUGAACUGGGGAUAAAUGAAAACUUGAUUUCACUUAAUGAAAUCCUAGAGGUGCUCAUGAACAAGGUCCUGAGCACACCACACGACACCUAUGUGACCAUAGAUGACACCUUCUGGCCACCAUACAUAGAGAUGCUCCUCCGCUACGGGAUUGCAGUGAGGCACCAGGAGAAUCACUUCAAGAUCCGCCUGGAGACCUUCUUUUAGGACAGUGGUGCAUUGGCCAUUUCAGGCACCAUUUGUAUGUGUUUCUAAUUCCUCUCCUUGUACAGUGCUGCUGCUGUUGUGUGCGAGUGUGUGUCUGUGUUUGUGUGUGAGCGUGUGAGAACGUGUGUGUGAGAGCUGAUAUGAAGACAAACUGCUGGUAAAGCAACAAGGCUUAUACUUUUCUGUAUGUGUAGGUCUGUUGUAGAGUGCAUAUUAAAGAUAGCAUUUUAUGACAUGCCCAUUUAAGCUUAUACAAGUAGGUUUUAUUUUAAAAUCGCAUUUGUAUCAACAGAAUAACCAUGGACUCUUUUACAUUUAACACUCUUCUAAGUAUUUCCCUGGAUUAUAGUUUCAUAGCUAUUUUCAUUUGCCAGGUUCAAUUAGUAAUGAACUAUGAAUAGUAUGUAAGUAUUUAUCAGUGUCCUUGAAAUUUUUAUAUUCAGUUUUAUUUAGAGUGUACAAAACGUUUGAGGCCUACAGAUAUACCUGUAAAUAUGUACAAGUUUUUCAUUAGAUUGUUUAUAUUUUCUUGUUCAUUUUCAAUAAACUUUGGAGCUGGUGUGAUGCUA